AUGGCUUUCGCCGGAGAAGAAGGUGGUGGUGCACGGAAACUCUGGGUUUUCUUCAUGCCUUUCUUCGCUACCAGCCACAUCAUUCCGAUCACAGACUUAGCCUGCCUCUUCGCCGGCCACCCGGGGGUGGAACCUACAAUUGUCACCACUCCGGCCAACGCCAACCUCAUCCGUCCAACCCUAGACCGUCACGCCGCCUCCGGCUGCCACGUCCACCUCCUCCUCCACCCCUUCCCCUCCGUCGAUCUCCCCUACGCCAUCAUCGCCGACAUCUGCUACUGGUGGACCACCGACAUCGCCGGAGAACUCGGCAUCCCACGUAUAACCUCUCAUGCUGCCGGCGUCUUCCCUCAAAUUGUCAUGAACAACCUUGUCAAGAACCGAGUCCAUGACAACGUCCCUAACGAUUCUCAUCCAUUCACUAUCCCUGACCUCCCCGGACCAGAAAUCAAGAUGGUCAAAUCAGAGCUUCCGGAGUUUCUCCAGAAGCAUGAUUUCCUAACGCAAGCAUGGGACGACUUGAAGAGAUCACAGCUUGAGAGUUAUGGUGUGGUGGUGAACACUUUCUAUGAGUUUGAGCGUGAGUACUGUGAUCUUUUCAAGGUGGUGGAUAGCCAGAGAGCUUGGUUUGUAGGACCUUUAGCUCUGAGAGGGAAAAGAGAAGUAGAAGCUGGUUUUAACAAAGAGAGAUGCAUGAGAUGGUUGGAAAAGAAAGAGAUUGGUUCAGUGGUUUUUGUUUGCUUUGGGAGUUGGUGUCACUUCAAAGAUGAGCAAUUAAGGGAGCUGGCUUUAGGGUUAGAAGGUUCUGGGAUGGAUUUUAUAUGGGUUGUGAGAGGAGGUGAUGAUGAGAAUAUGAAGAUGGAGUGGAUGCCGGAAGGAUGGGAGGAGAGAGUGAAAGACAAAGGAUUGGUGUUCAAAGGAUGGGUACCUCAAGCUGCCAUUUUAGGGCAUGAAGGAGUAGGGGUAUUUAUGACACACUGUGGGUGGAACUCAGUGAUGGAAGGGCUGAGUUUUGGGAAGCCAAUGCUGACAUGGCCGUUAGCUUUUGAUCAUUUUAUUAGUGAGAGACUUCUGGUUGAGGUGCUCAAAGUUGGAGUUAGGGUUUGGGAUGGGUUUAGAAGCACAUUGCAGAAUGAAAAGGUGGUGGUGCCGGCCGAGGCCAUUGCCAGAGCAAUGAAGAAGUUCAGUGAGAAAGACAGCGAAGAGAUGAAGAAGCGAGCAAUGGAGUGGAAGAAGAUCACCGGAGCUACGGUGGAAAAAGAUGGUUCUUCUUAUAAAGAUCUUAACUGUUUGAUUGAUGAGCUUCUCAUGUUUUAUGAGAAAAAGAAAAAUGACAGUAUCUUUGAACACUAUCUUCAGGGUAUGGUUAUACUGCUUCCUCUAUGUUAUCGUCGUGUUCCAUCUUUUGGUUUUGUUAGCCUUGCUGCAACCAGAGGGUUGAGUGGCGUGGGUGUUCCUCCUCGGAUUAUCAAGGUGGUUUUCACGUGCCGGUCCCGCGAGAUAGGCGUGAUGCUGCUUGUCCUUAUGCUCCUCUUUACGGUCAUAAGCAUGCUCGCAAAAUUCUCUAGGUACUACCUGAAGCCUGAGAAUGCAAAAUGCACCAUGUUAAACAUCGAAUUCCAUAAUGUUACUCUAAAACAUGCCUAA